UAAAUGCAAAAAUGUUAUUUGGCAAGUCACCGUGGUAUAAGCAGCAUUGGACGGUUCACGCCUCUUCCAUCCUCCAUUAAUUCCUGAAAAUGGACACCUCCUCGAGAAUUAACCCUUACUUAUUUACUGUUAACAGUGCAUAUACAAGCAGCUGGAUUAAUGACUGCUUUUUCUAGUUUUAUCAGUCUUUUUAAUGCCCUGCACAGAUCGAGAGGCGUCAGCAACCGGUGGAGGGAGGUGUUGAUGAAGACCCAUCAACCUGCCCCUGCCUGAUGAGCUGCACCAUCUUCCUCGGUUACACCUCAAACCUCAUCAGCAGCGGACUCAGGGAGACUAUCCGCUACCUCGCAGAACACAAAAUGGUGGGUGUCUUAGUGACCACAGCUGGAGGUAUAGAAGAGGAUCUGAUGAAGUGUUUCAGCCCGGCUUACAUUGGAGACUUUACUAUGUCUGGCAAGGAUCUGUACGAAAAAGGUCAUAACAUGGCUGGAAACACUCUGAUCCCCCAAGAAAACUAUGUCAAGUUUAACAAAUGGAUGCCUCCGAUCUUGAAGCAGAUGCUGCUGAAGCAGAACACUCUGGGCGUUUGCUGGACUCCAUCUAAGAUGAUCCAUCGGCUGGGCAAGGAGAUCAACAACCCUGAAUCUGUUUACUACUGGGCCUACAAGAAUAACAUGCCGGUGUUCUGCCCUGCCCUGACAGACGGCGCUAUAGGAGACGAGCUCUUUGUCUUCUCAGCUGAAAACCCGGGCUUAAAACUGGACAUAGUUGAAGAUAUUUCAAAGUUGAACAGCCUCGCAAUUGCUGCCAACAGCACAGGGAUGAUCAUCCUGGGAGGAGGUGUAGCCAAACACCAAGUAUGCAAUGCCAAUUUCUGGAGGAAUGGAGCCGACUACGCAGUGUAUGUGAACACGGCUCAGGAGUUUGAUGGUUCUGACUCAGGGGGCAGUCCUGAUGAGGCCAUGUCCUGGGGAAAGAUCAAAGUAGAUGCUAAACCUGUGAAGGUGUGUGCAGAUGCUUCCAUCGUUUUCCCCCUAUUGGUGGCAGAGACCUUUGCAGUCCAUGCUAAUAAGAAGACAGCUGGCAAGGAAAACAGAUAAACAAAUUGUUGGUCUGGAAUACAAAGCUUCAGAUGGAAUC